UGUACGCGGCAGAGUGGGGAUACAGGCAGAGACAUCUGUGUCAAGUUGGCUAGGCAGACAAUGCUCCGACCUGUUGGUACACCGAACGGGAAUAAACCUGCCCGAGAUACCAGACGUUUGUGGAAUCACACCAACAGUUAGGUCAUUUAGGAGCCCUCAGAAGUAGAUUUCAUGAUUUCUCCUGACGGUCGAGCAGGUAUAGUGCAUAAGCCAAGAUGACAUCCGUAGAUGUUCUUCUCCGACAAGAGUUUGAAUGUCCGUUUUGUUGUGACCAGGUGAAUGGACCGAAGAUUAUGGGACCAUGCUUUCAUAGCGCCUGCCGCAACUGCAUAGAGGAAUAUGUCGGGUCAUUAGGGAGAAGAGAUGCAUUCCAGUGUCCAGUGUGUCGCGAGCAAUGCAAGAUCCCACGCGAUGGAGUAGCUAAUUUAAAAGAUGAUUUCAAAUUGAUUUCGAUAAUGGACGCAUACGGAAAACUCAAGGACACGUCAUGCAUCAAGUGUAGUGGCUGCACAAAGGUUGCUGAAUCGCUUUGCAAUAGAUGUGACGCUUUCCUAUGUUCAGCAUGUACCAAGGAACACGACAUUUAUAGUACUGGUAACCAUGAACAGGAGAUAAUAGCUAUUUGCUGUUGGCAUGGAAAUAUCCUGUCUUUUUAUUGCAAGACAUGCAAUCAAGCUUUCUGCAGUGUUUGCAAGCUAUGUGAUCACAAUGGUGGGAGACAUGAUGUCGUUACGUACAGUGAAACGGUUGAGGACACCUCAGCUAAAGUGCAGGUUGUGUUGACGAAACUAGAAAAGAAGCAACACGAACUGUUACGGUCUCUUGAUGAUGUCGAGAAGAAGACAUCUGAUUACACGCUGUCCAGUGUGAAGAGGAGGAUUGGUGGCGACUCAAUGAGAGUGAAUCGUCUCCAGGCACAAAGUGACCGUCUACAAGACGUUAUCAAGGCUCUUAGAAUGCAGAAGACCACUGUUGAUAGAGUGUGCAAACAGCUUGCGAAGAAUGUGACAAAGCGAAUAAACGAUUUCAAAGAGACAAAUGACGAAAUGCAGAUAAAAUCCAAACAUUGUCAGGAAAAUAUCAAACGGGCUAUGAGGGACCUCAAUAUCCUCUCAAAUAAAAUGAGAGACAAUUUACAACUUUUGUCGUCCCGCAAAACACCCCAUGAUGGUCAAAGUGUUGAUACUCUCAAUAAUAUUCGACAGGGGCUUAUGAUAUCUCUCCUUCCCGAUACUUGUACCAUACUCGAGGAUGUCAAGCAACUAGUCGGUGAACUAGAACUCUGCGAUUGUGACUCGAUCUCGGCGUGUGAUGACGUGUCGUCCGUUAAGAAGGUCGUUGAUCUUACAUUUCCAGAAGAUCGUCCUUGUCGUGGAGUGUUCAGAGUCCGGUUCUUCUCUCGUGGAAGACUUGUCACGUUAGGUAGGUCCAGUCUGAGCAACAAUUCGUUUUGUUUGAGGUGCUUCGCCGAUACGAUGUACUUUUCCAAAAAUGGUUCGGUCUACAAGACGAUCAUCGACGGUGUAUAUCCAGCUUCGGACAUUUCUGUUUUACCGACAGGGGAGGUAUUGCUACUGAGAAACAGACAACCCAUUAUGCGGUUGUUCAAUUUAGAUAAUAAUUCUUGUCGGGACAUUGAAAUUGGAAAUGUUAUAAACUCCAGUAACAAUGGUAGAGCAACAAUGUUUUGGUCGGCGGAAACUGACCAAGACGGAAACACCAUCGUGGAUUUUGGUCAGUUUCCGCAUCAAAACGUCCUGGUACUCAAAGCAGAUGGAACUAUCAUCAAACACAACGAUUCACGUGGAUUUCUCUCACGAUGGUUGACAUCCGGUACGUGGUGUGCAUAUGAUACAACAGAAGACCAGAUUGUUAGAUACCGAGGUUGGGAUUUGCAUUCUCUUGAUUCGAUGCUUGGGUUGCAGUGUAUGGGAAUCCUGUUAUUCUUCGUCCUCUUUUCCGUUUCAAUUGGCCCAUGUGAAUUUGACCAGGCAAUAGUUGUAUUUUUUUCAUUGGUGUUUUUAGGAAUGAUACUAAUCGACACUGCUACAUUCUAUUAGGUGACACAACACAGAUUCUACGAAGUCUACGACCUGUCGUAGGCAGUCGUCAGCGGUCGCAAGACCCAGACUAACAAGACUGAAUUGGUCCAGUCUUAUGAGACUGAUGAAUCGUAGUCAGUCAUGUAGUGCGAACACCCUUACGAUGCGACCCGAUCGUCGGGUCAUGAAGUCUGGGAAGGGUUGCGAUACAAUUCAUCUGCGAUAGCCAAUCUGUACAUUUCAUUUCGUCACAUGAUCACAGUACUCAUGGCAGACUUCUGGACUGAUGAACGUGAAGACCGUCUCAUUGAGCUUUGGCGAGUUUCAGUUGGCUGAUGCAAUCGUAGUGUGGACACUCUCGCUGUACUACUUAUUUAUCGCAAGACUGCCGAGGCGACGAGACUGUUGGGUCGCAACAUGCAGAAUCGUAUAAUGUGGCCAGGCCUGAUCUUUCUUGGCUUCACCUAGCUAGGUAGAUAACACACAAAGGGCUGUAUACAUUGUGUAGACGCUAUUAUUACGUGAGGCCUAUGGGAAGCAGAUGCGCCAAAGCCGGCUAAAUAGCUUCUCGACAGUAUGUUUAUGACGAUCGACCCCUAGACCAUACCACCAAGGACAAGCCCAUCCAUGACGUCGGUGUGUGCCUCAUCAGCUUGUUGUGGACUUGUCUUCACCAAAUCAAUGUCUCUUUGUCGGGAGUCCUCAAUUACAAAAGCGUAACACCGCUACCACAGCUGGUUGAAGAGCAGCCCCGAUAGCAGAUUUUAUUAAGAUUUUUUUAAAAAGCUCAAAUCAUUCUAAUUACUUGGAAAUACUUUUGGAGCCUAUUAUUGUUACUGACUUGUGGUUGGAAUAAGUCAAAAUAACUAGACAUUACAACUGACAAAUAACCUAAGUGGCAAAGCCAAAAACAUUUCUCAAGUGUGAUUUCUUCACUGAAGUCUGUUCGUCUGUAACUUCUCCAGAAAGGUAUACCUCUGC